AUGGAACAUUUAAGCGGUCAACAAUUAAUUCAACAAGCUGCUAAACUAAUUGCUGAAAAUAAUUUAGAUGAAGCUGUUAAAAUUUUUAGCAUUCUUGUUGAAAAAUUACCUGAUGCUCAUUUACCUUUGUUGAGUAGGUGUACUUGUUUGAUUCAAUUAGAGAGAUAUGAAGAAGCAAAAAUUGAUGCUGAAAAGAUCCUUACUUUACCAAAUAUUCCAAUUAGUGAUGAUAUAGCACCUGGAAAUACUACUUUACAUUCUGUCGGUUAUGCUCGAUUGGCAAAAUGUUAUAAAGAACUUGGUCAGAUCGAAGAAGCCGAAAAAUUAUUAAGAAAACGUCAAGAACUUGAAAAAAAAGUAGUAUCCCAGAAAUCUUCCAAAUCUGCUGAAAAAUUUAGAUUACAAGGAAAUGAACUUUAUAAAAAACAAAAAUAUAAUGAAAGUUUAGAAAAAUAUAUGAAAGCAUUUGAAAUAAAUCCAAAUGAUUUAUUAGUUAAUUCUAAUUGUGCUCAAGUUUAUUUGAAACUUGGUAAAUUGGAUGAAGCUCUUAUUCAUGCCGAAACUUGCAUUCGUCUAGAUUCAAAAUGGGCAAAAGGAUAUUAUCGUAAAGGCUGCGUAUUACUUGAGAAAAGAAAUUUUGUUGAAUCAAUUUCUGCAUUUCAACUGGCAAAACGUUAUGGUGCUAAAGAAUCUGAUUUGGAAAAAAAGAUUGAAUUUGUAAAUAAACAAAUUAAACAACAAAGCAAAAAUGUUUCCAAUAAUACUUUUCGCAAUUCUUUAUCUAGAUUUAAGUUAUCUUCAUUCACUAUUACCGCAUUAGUGGUG